UCACUCCGGCCCAGGCGAAGCGGAGGCUCUUCGAACGCGUCAGCUGUGAGAGUGGAGGAGCAGAGCCCCGACGGCGGCGGCGGAGGCGGCGGCUGGUCGGAACCAUUCGUUUGAGAAAGAGGGGGGGCGGACGGGGUGCUCUCAUGCCAGAUAUUCUGAACUAGUUAUACGACUACACCAGUGUUGUGAUAAAAACAUAUCUAGAAAAUGUCCAAACAUGUAGAUAAAGUAUGUGUACCAUUCAAAAUGUCUGCUUGACACCAGUAAAAAUCCAAAAGGAAUUGAUCUUUAUCAUAAUAGAUGCCAUGAAGCUGAUCAGUGCCCAACCAUUAUUUUAACUUUAAAAAGUUACUGAGCAGAUUACAAAUGGUGUGGAUUUUUAUCAUGAACCGGAUGAACCCACAGGGCAGUUCUCCCAGUCAGCGUAGACGAAUGGCUCUCGGAAUUGUCAUUCUUCUCCUAGUUGAUAUCAUAUGGGUUGCUUCUUCUGAACUCACUUCAUAUGUUUUUACUAUGUAUAGAAAGCCGUUCUUCAGUACAUUUGCAAAAACAUCCAUGUUGUUCUUUACCUCUGGGAUUAUUGUUUGGAAACCGUGGAGGCAACAGUGCACACGUGGGCUUCGUAACAGGCAUGCAGCUUUUGUCCACACUAUUGGCGAUCGUGUUGCCUUGUAUGAACCAGCCCAGACUCUGAGAUUCUCUGGAGAGGCCCUUCUCUUCGUCCCAACACCGUCCAAGCACAGUUAUUUUGCUGCUUGUACAACUGAUAAUUCUGUGAAUAGUUCUUUGAGUGAACCUUUGUAUGUUCCGGUAAAGUUUCAUGACUUUCCAACGGAAAAAAGUAGCAACACUAAUAGUGAUAACGAAAAAACUCUUAAAAAGCCUCGGGUACGAUUCAGUAAUAUUAUGGAAAUUCGACAACUCCCAUCCAGUCAUGCAUUGGAAGCAAAGCUAUCUCGUAUGUCUUACCCAACAGUAAAGGAGCAGGAUUCAAUAUUAAAAGCUGUAGGGAAGCUUACAGCAUCUCAAGUUGCCAAAAUAAGCUUUUUCUUCUGUUUUGUGUGGUUCUUGGCAAACUUCUCUUAUCAAGAAGCUCUUUCAGACACCCAGGUGGCCAUAGUUAAUAUUCUGUCUUCAACCUCUGGAUUAUUUACCUUAAUCCUAGCUGCAGUGUUUCCAAGUAACAGUGGAGACAGAUUUACCCUUUCGAAAUUGUUAGCUGUCAUUUUAAGCAUUGGAGGUGUUGUCCUUGUUAAUCUGUCUGGCUCUGAGAAAUCUGCUGGAAGAGAUACAAUAGGGUCCUUGUGGUCUCUUGUGGGAGCUAUGCUGUAUGCAAUCUACAUAGUUAUGAUAAAACGGAAAGUAGACAGAGAAGACAAGCUGGAUAUCCCAAUGUUUUUUGGUUUCGUAGGUUUGUUUAAUUUGCUGCUGCUAUGGCCAGGUUUCUUCCUACUACACUAUACUGGAUUUGAGGACUUUGAAUUUCCCAGUAAAUUAGUCCUUAUGUGCAUUGUCAUCAAUGGCCUUGUUGGAACUGUUCUGUCUGAAUUUCUCUGGUUGUGGGGCUGCUUUCUUACCUCAUCACUGAUAGGCACACUUGCCCUGAGCCUUACAAUACCUCUGUCCAUAAUAGCCGACAUGUGCAUGCAAAAGGUCCAGUUUUCUUGGUUAUUUUUUGUGGGAGCAAUCCCUGUCUUUUUUUCAUUUUUCAUUGCAACGCUCUUAUGCCACUACAACAACUGGGAUCCAGUAAUGGUGGGAAUCAGAAGAGUUUUUGUAUUCAUCUGCAGAAGACAUCGUAUCCAGAGAACAUCUGAAGAAAAUGAACAAUGUGAAAGUCUUAUUGCAAUGCACAGUGUUUCUCAAGAAGAUGGCGAUAGUGGUUGUUCUUAGACAACAGUAUAUAUGAUGGAAUGAUAAUUCUGCGAAGAGACAAUCGCCUGGAAAGUCCUUAUGGAAUCAUGUUUCAGUGCCUCUUCUGAAUCUUUAAAUGUUUCAGUUCUUUUGAAACUUAAAAUAUACUCUCACUCUCUCUAUUCCCAGUCUUGAAUCGGUUUUAUUAAUGAGCUACAUUACUGCAGGAAAUUCCAGUCUUUUUACAAAACAAGCCUGCCUUAUAGAACUCAGCUGGUGAAAUUACUUGACACAAUCAAAAAAACUGAAUGCUGUUCUAGUGACUUUUUAAAGCUUUCCUAUUUUUGUUAAAUGCUGGAUAUUUUUACAAAUACUUUUCAAAAUCUGUAAAAAGUAUGAAUCAUAAUUUUGUACAAACUUUAAAAUGAAAAUCCAAAAUGCACCAGUGACAUGUAAUAGUACAAAUCACCAUUGUAUGAUGUAUAGGCUCUAUUUGAAAAAUAACAAAAGAAAGGAAAAUUGUUUUAAUUUAUUGAAUAACUUCAUUAUUGCCAAAUUUAUUAUGGUUCCCCAAUAUUACACAUUGUGUCUAAUCAAUAGUGAGGGUGUCUGCUAUUUUAAAUACCAGUCACAUCCCAAUAAAUUAAAGACAUUAAAGAUCUAUUAAUGUAAAAAAAAUAAUAUCCUCUAAAGAGUGUUAGAAUUCAGUAACAGUUGAUACAGGACCAAAUUAUUUCAUGUAGGAACUAAAAAAAAGAAUGCUCUGGUUUUAAAUAGUCAAGUCAGAAAAGGAGAAAAAAGUUUCUAAGCUUGCAUCAUUAAAGUGGGCUGAAUUAUGUGCAGAGGAAAUGGUUUUAUUUUUUUAUCAACUGAAAUUCAUUAUAAAAACAAAAACCAGCCAUAAUAGACUGAACAGGCAAUGAAUUACUGGAUAGGAAAGAACUGCAUCACCUUUUCAUUGUUUUAUCUGCUCCCCCCCCCCCCCCCCAACCACUUGAUCUUCUGAAGAGGAAAGUAUACAGGAUCUCUUACAGGUCAGCCCUGGGGCCAAAGAAUUCCACAUACGCUGGGAUCUUUUGAGGUAAAGUUUUUCCUCUCAACCAAAGCACUCUGUCUGCCUGACAGCUGAGUUUUAUAAUUAUGGGGAUUUUUAAAUGAAGACUAUAGUAGGACAGUUAGUAUUUGAAAGUGAGGGCCAAAAUUCUUCUGUUCCUAAAUGAAUCUUUGCUCCUUUGGAAUAAUUGAGGUACUGGUUUGAAAAUGGAAAAAAUGUCAUACAAAGGGAUACAUUUCAGGAGAGAAUAGGAUUUCCAGUAUCUAUAGAUAUAAUCUGCUACUACACUGUACAUUAUAAAAUAACUUAAAAUGACAAUGUUUUAUUGCAAAUAAUGUUUUUCCAAGUUCUGUUUGACAAUGAAUGGUGGCAUAUAUAACAUAAAAUUCCACAGCAGCAAAAGAAUUUUGGUAUCCAUUGGUUUCCUAGUGAGGGAGGAAAUUCUAUCUGAUGGCUUUCAGUUUAGGGAAAUAGCUACCAGUCAAGUGGGUUUGACAUUACUUUCAAAAUCAGAGGCAGCAUGUCUCUGAAUGCUAUUUGCUGGGAAAUAAUAGUGGUAGAGGGCCUUUACCCUUCUGUCCUACUUGUGGAUUUCUCAGCAUCACUGGGAUGCUGAACUAGACAGCACUUUGUUCUGAUCCAGCAGGAGGUUCUUGUGAAAUAAAUCAAAAUACAGACGAAACCAGAUAAUCGAAGGGCACUGCUGAAUCCAGUGCUUAAGCUAUACUCUUUUGCAUACAUACUUGGAAAUAAGCUCUGUGGAAGAAAAUUUAACUUCUAAAAAAACACAUUCUCAAGAUACACUGCAUAUUUAAAAUGUUGACACAAAAGCAGUGCUGAGCAGCUCACAAAAGCCUUUGAGCGUAGUUAAACAUAGAGAUUCAAUCCAUGAGUUUAUUGUUCUGGUCCAGAGCCCAUGACAAAUACAAUGGUUAAAUAUGGUAAUUUUCUUUAUUAAUUUAACACCACUGUUAAAUUAAAGUUCAUUGGGACUAUAAAAGCAGUGUGGCUUGGAAAUUUAGAAAUUAUGGAAUUAAUUCUAAGCUUGAGUGUUUAUUAUACUUUAAAAGGAAGGGAAUCUUUCCUGUAGCAGGUUUUUACCAGUGAAAAGAGGAGAGUUGUUUAACCAGUGCCCCUAGGUUGUUUCCUUCCCUGGUCCAAAGAAUUCCCAGCCUUUUCAACAGAGUUGCCAGGAAGGAGUGAAAUGGUUAAAAUGGCCCUUCUACAUCUGCUCAUGGGUACUGCCUUUGGACAGAAUUCCUCAAAAAGGAACUUCACAUCCAGCCCUUUUCUACUUGAGCUAGGGUGGGAUGUGUGCAGUCCUACAAAUCUUUUUUUGAUCUGCAGCUUCCAAGAUUUGUCACCAGUGGCAGUACUGUCUAGGUCUGCUGGGAGAUGCGGUCUAACAGCUCCCUGAGUGUUGCACAGUAACCAGCCCUAUACUAAGAGUAAUUGCUGGUGUUGAGACUGAAAAUGCCCAAAGAGUGGAGUUUCUGAGUGCAAUAAAGAUAGUGAAAGUAAGAACAAAAGGUAACAGUUGUGUUAAUUCAGAAAAUUGUUUGAAUUUAUUUUUGUCCCCUUCACCAAAUAAAGUGUUUCUUAGAAUUAUAUAUUUCUAGUUGUGACUGGCCAUAUUAGGAUGGCAUCACAUGCAGACUUUAAAAAAAAACUAUUUGGGGGGGGGGGCUGUCAGCCAUUGCUACUAUCAUGCAGGCUUCACUGGAGAAGUAAGUGAUUUCUGAUCUUCCAAUUGGAAUGAUUUGUGGCUUGGCUUUGGAUAAAAUUCUGACCAUUGGCAAAAACAAGUUUUUUUCUUCAGCAAAUUAACAAAAUUGCUUUAUGGAGGUGAAUUUGCUUGAAAGAUUCUACAUUUGAGCCCCUCUGGAGGUUAAAAAAGAAGAUGGCUCUGGAGCAGGUGAGAAAGCAGGCAAAUAAUAAUAAUUUGCUUCAUUACUGUUAUGCUUUUUGAUUGAGGGUGUCAAUCAAACUUGGUCAGUAAAAGAGCAUGACAGGGGGUGGUCUGUAUCCUGCCAGGAAUUACAUUUUCAUAGCAAUUGGAGCAGUAAUUUGGUGGCGGGUAUAAUAGUGUGUCUCCCAUGUCUAAUUCUGCUUUCAAGUAAGCUAGUUGAAGUGUUGGUUGGGAAGAAAAAUGCUUUUUCUGUUUUCAACAACUGAAGGUGUACGAAAUAUAGUACUCAGUUAAACGUUACCACCUGGUAAAGUUCAUGAUGUUUGUUUGCCAGAACAGAAACAGAUUAGUCCUACCCUUGCAUCGCUCGCCUUGUGCCUACCAAUAUGGGGGGUAAAAUUGGUGGUAUAAAAGAGAAGGGUGCCUCUUGUUACAAUCAAGCGUCUUUUACAGUCCUUACCUCUUUCUUCCUCUUAAACUGCAUAAUCUUACAUUUUGCCAUCCUAAUAGGGGAUAGAUUUU